GUGUGCUCGUGGUGGGACAUUGUGUUACCCCAACAAACAGGUGUGCAUGCAUAUAUGUUUGUGAGUACUUUCCAGCUCUGUUCUCACUCCCUCUCUUCCCCUCUUUGUCUUGCAGGCAGGGAAACACACAUCCAUUUUUAUUUGUCUGUGGUUCAGUGGGUAGAGCGGUCGUCUCCCAACCAGAGGGUUUGAGGUUCAAAUCACAGUGCUGGCAGUCUACAUGUCGAAGUGUCCUUGGGCAAGACACUGAACCCCCAAGUUGCCCCAAUGAUUAGAGCCAUCAAUGUGUGAAUACAGGUGCCAUGGUGACACUGAGUCACUUGAGUGUACACGACACAGACGGUGGUUUCCCACUGCUGCCCGAGGCUGCAUCAUUAACGCCUGUGACUUACAAACAGCCAGUGGUCACAAAGACUGACUCCUCGGAAUAUUUCCUCAGCAGGGGUGUGAACCUUGUCUUCAGCUUGGUUCUGCUGAUUGGAUGCUACUCAGCUAUUCUUAUUCCUGUGUAUUUCCCCUCAGACCAAGAUCCUAAAGAUUUGGUGUUACUAAAUCAGUCAGCCUCCCUGCUGUCAGGCCCCUGUGAGCCUUGCUGGUGUCUGAACCACCUCAAGCCUCUGUCCUGUUCUGCAGGGCUCCUGGACAUCCCUGUGUUUGUACAGCAUGACAGGCCUGUGCCCUGGGAUCUGCCCCCUCCUCUAGGACUCCAGGGCAGUGAAGAACAUCUAGCCCUGGCUCUUGCCUCUCUGCCUCAGCCUGGCCUGCCUCCAUCACUAAGGAGAGACGGCAGCUGCAGACGAUGUGUGGUGGUGGGCAAUGGGGGAGUUCUUCAUGGGAGCCAUCUGGGAUCUCAUAUAGAUCAAUAUGACAUCAUUAUCAGGCUCAAUAAUGCUCCAGUGCCUGGCUUUGAAAGAGAUGUUGGUUCCCGCACCACCAUCCGCCUGAUUUACCCAGAGGGAGCACCUCGCUCUGCAAACGAGUACAAAAAGACCGCCAUGGUAGCCCUGGUGGUCUUUAAGAGUCUGGACCUGGACUGGCUUACUUCUGUCAUCACCAAACAGCCACUGAGCUUCUGGUCCAAAAUGUGGUUCUGGCGGGAAGUAGUGGACGAUAUUCCCCUGAGACCAGACAACUUCAGGAUCCUCCACCCACAGAUUAUUCAGAAGACAGGAAAAGUCUUACAGAAAUAUGCUCAAAAACAGGGCAAUAUGGUACCAACACUAGGUGUCAGUGCUGUGGUAAUGGCUUUACAGCUAUGUGACCAGGUGAGCCUGGCAGGGUUUGGGUACGAUAUGCAGCACCCAAAGGCCAGACUUCACUACUAUGAGACCCUACGCAUGGAUGCAAUGAAGGCUCAAGUGUUACAUGAUGUCAGUGCUGAGAAACUCUUCCUGAGGGACCUGGUGGCUGCAGAAGCUGUCACUGACCUCACAGGAGCUUUGUGAGUCAGCGGUGUAGAGGCUGAUAAUAUACUGAACUCAACGUGCACUCCUCCCUCACAGUGUGGACCUGUAUGGAGUGCACCACAACUGUGCCCUGCUAGAAGAAUCCUACCUAGACAGCACAGACUGACCUUUAAAUGUUCAGAAACACCCGGGUUGACUGAUGAGUGAGAAAAUUAAACUCUAAAGGUUAGACAGGUUCAUGACUAUAGAGGCUAACCUAAGAAUAUCCAACUUAAAUUAAAUGAAGUUAUUAAAUCACCACCUGUUACACAUUUAGCAAUUGUCAUAUGAGUGAAUAAUUGUGCCCUCACACACCAACAUGCUCAGUGAGCUGGGAUUUGUGAAAUAAAUGCAGUGUUCGAUGUUUGAA